UUGGUUGUUUUGGAUUCAUUUUUCGAAACUUAGAUUGAGUCAUGUUAAUUCUUUUACCCAUCCUCUCACUCUGGAUCCUGCUUAUUAGGACUGAUGGAGCAAUAUGUCCAUACUUGCCAAAUACAGGGGUCAAAACUUCCUACUCUGGUAUGGCUCCAUCCCAUGUUUUCCAAGAUCCAACGUUCUGGAAACACUUCAAAAACAAGGUCAUGGAAAAAUCCUGGAAAUGCAACUUUCCCCCUCAAAUUCUCAUAGAUAAUAUCCAAGAAGAUUCAAUGCUGUACAAAGACCCCUCAGUCUUCGAAAGGCGGCGAAAAGGGGUGCUGCCAUGGGCAAAGAACGACACUCAGUGGGUCCAGGUCCUCCUCGGCGCAUGUCAAGAGUUAGCUCGAGGUCGCUCAGGUCCCUACUCACAGCAGCUGAGCAAACUCCACGUUCUGGAAGCUCUGGAAGAUUUCGUAGAACACCUGAAUUGUUUUAAUACCGUUGCCAUGGUGAUGGCGUCUGAAGGGCAACCUGUAAAGCCACUGAGUCAAGACUCUUCUCAAGUGCACGACAUCGACAAGUUAGACCCUAUCAUGCUCGUGGGCUAUUCAGAGAGGUUCGAAGAUCAAGUGAGCACUUCCGUUUGGCAGAAAUGCGUUGAGAGGCACACGCUAGUCAACCCCCACCACCAAGCACACUGCAUGUGGCACGACUGCCACUGCAUGCCACCUUGCGUCGCAAAUUGCGAAAAGCUUCGGUCGAAAGCCCUGAGGGAAAUGGUGUGCGAUAAAGUGUCGAGACGACUGCAAAAGACACUGAAUGGAACUCUGUCGAAAGAUAUGUGGGAUGUAGAAUUGACUUAUUUCGACGGACUUCCGCAAGAGUGGUUGGACAGAGCCGAAAGUAUGAUGCAAGGCAUGAAACAAUAAAAGAUGUAAACAUUAUUUUUUAAAAAAUAUCUUUUUUCCAAAGACAACUAAUGCCAUCAAAACGAAUGAAAACGAAAGUAUGACCCUAAUCUUGAAAUACUCAAAGGUAUAAAAAUUAACUAUUUUUGUCGUAAUAAUAUUAUUAUCAAAAUAAAUA